AUGGCCAAAACUAUCGUCGUUUUAGGAGCAACUGGCAUCCAGGGUGGUUCUGUCGUUGCCAAGUUUCUCUCACUAGGGUGGAAAGUCCGAGGAAUCACUCAAAAUACCCCUUCGCCAUCAGCCCAAGCUCUCUCAAGUCAAGGUAUCGAGGUUGUCAGUGCCGACAAAGAUGACCCAGCCUCACUUGUCGCAGCUUUCUCUGGUGCGGAAGCAAUCUUCGCUGUCACAAAUUUCUGGGAACCGUUUUACAGAAAGUAUGCAGAGCUUUCCAAGCAGGAAGAUCAGGUUGCCGGUGAAUAUGCUGCUGCCAUUGAGACUCAUCGAGGGAAAGCAAUUGUUGACGCUGCGGCCAAAAUUUUGCAAGAAGAAGGAAAACUUGAGAGAUUCAUGUCCAAAUACCCUUCCCUCCUUCAAGAAGUUGAGUAA